AUGGAGACACUUGCUCAACAACUCCACGAGCGAGACUACCAAGCCCUGCUUCAAGACGGAAGCCUGCAUCGUCCAUUACUUUCAGGCGGCAAUCUUGCAGAAUCAGCAGAGGAUUUGCGCAACUUGCGAAAUCAGCUGUCAACCAUUGUCAAUGUUGGACUCUCCAUCAUGACGGCUGCCAUGGCGGCGUGGUUUUGGCUCUCCUCGUGGUCAUUGCCAACACGGGUCCUUGCUUGCUUGGGCAGUGCUCUGGGAUUAGGCUGUAUUGAAGUCUUCCUCUACCUGCGUUAUGUCACCAAAGUUGAUCAAGCAAAAGCAUAUGACAAGCGUCUACCAAGCAAUUCAAAAGUCAAGGUCAAGCAAAAGAAGGAACAAUAG